AUGACGCGGUAAAUAACAUGAUUUUGGUUUCCAUAAAUCUUCUAACUAAAAAUACUGUUUUCUAAGAGUUCUAAAGUCCUAAACAUAAAAACCGAUUAUGCUUUUAGAACAUGAACUGAUAGAGGCACUGCAGGGAGAAGACAUAAGUACAGUUGAGGGAUGUCUGUACAUGGGUGCCAAUCCUAAUCUGGUUCUGCCCGAUGGUGCCGCUGCCAUGCACAUUAGUGUUGGGGUGGACAGUGACCAAGCAGAGGACUUUGUUAAACUCAUGAUUCAGUAUGGUGGUAAUCCCAAUGUCCAGGAUACAGAAGGAGUAACCCCACUCCAUGCAGCUGCCAGCUGGGGUAGAGCAGAGAUCCUCAAAUUAUUAUUGGUCAAUGGAGGAGACCCUACUCUCAAAGAUCAGGAUGGUAUGGAUGUGGAGGCCUAUGCCCUUGAGUCUAAAGAUGACCUCACCAUUAAAUAUGUUGAACUGUUUGCAUUUAAUGAGAAGGGUGAUGAUUCCAGUGAGGGUGAAGAUAAGCCAGUGGAGCAUUAUACCUUGGAGUUACUAGAUGCUGGGGAUAAAAAUUCACGGUACAGUUGGGGAACCAGUUCUUGCAGAAGCAGUUGGGGUAGACACAUGGCCCCCUCUCCACCCCUGGAACCUGGUACCAGCCCCCCUCCAUACAAUUCAAACACAUGUACUAUUCACCCACAUCCUUCUCACCCACAUAUAAAUCCUGCCCAUAUGCACAGUGAAGAUGUGGCUAAUGGAGACAUCUGUGAUGAGAUCUACAAGCUGUACAUCGACUCUGCGGACAAGACAGAAGAAGAAGACAAUAAACUACAUAAGAAUGACUUUUUGGAGCCAGUGAACAGAAUAACUAAAAAUCAACAGGAUAACUACAUCAAACCCAGUAGGUUGAGUAAUGUAUUUGAACCUAAUAGCCACAACAAUCCAAAGAGAAGUAAACGAAGCCAACGUACUAGACUGUCUAUUCCAGUAAAGCAACGCCAAAGUUUCUAUACUUCCAAAGUGCAGGCAGUUCUCAAUGAUGACUAUGAUCAAGGUUCACAAAUCUUUGAUGUCACUUCCCCAGAUCAUCCCAUUGUGGUUGAGCGGCAAUCCCUGGAUGAUACAAUGGAGAAGAUAGAACGCAGGAGGUCCAAAUAUCCAAUUAUAUCCUCUAAGGACGGAUAUUUUAGGUUCCAGGUUGAUUCUGAAAUCUCAUUUGCUAGUAUAGCACACAGAGACCAAGAUGAUAGAGACAUGGCCUGCCAGCAGGAACAUGUAGGUUCUCCAUUCAAAAGCUACAGGACUCGGAGCAAAUCAGCUAGUUUAUCUAGUGGGAAUGAGUCCUUUGAAUCCUGCUCUAGUGGGGGAUCUUAUCACUCUACACACAACAACUCCUUGGAGUUACCCAGUGCUAAAGACACUUCAUCUCAUGUUAAAGACAAAGAUAAUGCAUCUGCUGGUAGUCUAUCAAGCAAAAGUGACAUAUUUUAUGACACUGUAGAACCAAACUCCAUUAAACCUGUAUAUUUGAAACCACUUCCCAUGUGCCAUGAACCCCAUAGCCCGAGUGACAAAGUGCCCAAUACUGCAAAAAGAAGUAAUGACAAGGUGCCCAGUGCAUCCAAAAGUACUAAUGACAAGUUGCCAAGUACAGCCCAAAGUAUCAACAAUAAAGUGUCUUGUUCAUCCAAAAGUACCAAUGACAAUUUGCCAAGAAUAGCACAAAGUAACAAUGACAAGGUGUCCAGUACAUCCAAAAGUCCCAGUAACAAGGUACCCAGUAUGGCCCAAAGUACCUAUGACAAGGUACCCAGUACAUCCAAGAGUACCCAUGACAAAGUGCCCAGUACAGCCCAAUACUACAGAAGCAUUAAAGAUGGUCAAAUCAAAAAGGAAGAAAGAACUGAUACGGACUCACUCAAUGACAGCCUCCUCAGCCAUCUAACUCAGUUGAAAUUGGGAGAUACCCCUAAAUCUAGCAAACCUCAAGUCACCAAGUACAAACCAAAUAAACCAAGUGUUGAUUUAUUUACAUCAGAUGAAAGUGACUUGGACACUACAUUAAAUAUUUUGUCAAAAAGAAACCGUUAUAGUAUUAGAACACUCAGAAAGCCCAAUGGAUAUACACCCUCUGAGCCCAUGGAGCAUUGCAAUUGCACAUGCCCUCCUGAGGAUGGGGACUCAGAAUAUAGCAGCACAAGUAGCUUGUCUGACAGACUUUCCUCAAGUGGAAUGAGUGGGAGAAACUCUGUGGGGAGUAACCAAUCAUGUCGGUCAGAACUGAGCAACUAUAGUGAGGGGGCCUCCAUCAUGCAUCUCUACAGAGAUGAUCAGGAAGACUGUUCAUUAAUUGAGCAUCAUUAUCUUCCUGAUAGUUCAUUAUAUUCCCAUCAUUCGCCUGAUGUUUCCCUGUCUUUAACAACCCUGGGAAUCAGUAGUGCACUAGAGCCACUGUCUAAUGAGGAGAUCAGGGCUCAACUUGUUGCAAUGGGAGAUCAGCCAGGACCCGUAGUGAACAGUCUCAGAGACGUUUAUCUAAAGAGGCUUGCAAGACUGAAAAAUGACCCUGAUUUACCAAAAAUCAUAGUUAAAUCUACAGAAUCGGAAUACCUUCCAGAGCUGACUAAAGCUUUAGAAGGAGAUCUCUAUCCCAGUGAUGUCAGUGUGAUGGAGCAGCACAUGGAGGCACCAUUCAAAGACUCUGAUCCCUCCCUCAAGUGGAGAGAGGGCACCCUAAAGACUAGCUUCAACUAUAUACUACUAGACCCUAGAUUUACACAGAAUCUGCCCUCCAGAGCAAAAUAUAUGAGUGAGCAGGAUGUGUUCAGAAUAUUCAUCAGUGCCAUAUUUUACAUUGGAAAGGGCAAGAGAAGCAGGCCCUACCAACACUUCUAUGAGGCCAUCAAACAGAGGGAUUCACCCAAGCCUAAGUGCAGUGCAAAGGUUCAGAGGAUCCUAGAUAUAUGGUCUGAAGGCUAUGGGCCAGUGUCUCUGCACAUCUUCCAGAAUACCAUUCCAGUAGAGGCUUAUACCCGAGAGGCAUGUAUGGUAGAGAGUAUAGGACUGAGUAGGUUGACCAAUCAGAAGAGUGGGGAUUAUUAUGGGAUAUCUAGCACUUGGAAACCACUUGAUAAAAGAAAGUUGGGGGUCCAUCUCUUAGUGAGAGCCAUGAGGGUGCUUCUGGCAGAGGGAGAGAGGCAGAUCACACCCAGGGACAUCAAAAUAGGACAAUAGAGUAUUAUUAUGUCACCACAAAAGUAUUUUUGUAGUUUCCAACUUUUUUGUGGAUGGCAGUCGGAGCUUGGUGUUUGGCGUCUUUAAAAAUUGGCAGGUGGUAAUAUUUUGCAUCUUUAUGCCUUG